GCGUGGUGGUCGUGGAAACGUGGAAACCUCCUUGGGUCGUGGUCAUCAAAUGACAUAUGGUGAAGUUCUAGGUUCUAGUACACCAUUAUAUAUGUGGUUGUAAGGUUGGGUGGUUGCAUAUGUUUUUAGUGAAAUUGUGACAGCUCGUACGUGGUUGUUGACCGUCUGCCGGCGAGGACGCAGUGAAUCCUGUCAUUGAUCGUGUGUUGUCCGGUGCCCGUGUUUGGUGCUCGGAUUGCGUCAUCGUCAAGCAUAAACGCCAGCGACAAGCAUGGUUGACCUGGUGGAACGUAUUCUGCAGUAUGUCGCCGAGCAUGGGGCAUGCGACUCUCUGCAACUGGCCCGUGUAAUGGACGUGGACCAUCAGAAAGUGGUCGGUGCCAUCAAGAGCAUCCAGGCUUUCGGAGACGUUCUGCAGGUGGAGCAGCAAAGUGGCGAGCACUGGGAGCUGACGGCCGAGGGAAGCGAGGUGUGCCAGCAGGGUAGCCCCGAAGGUCGUCUGGUACGCCGAUUGGGGCCCGAGGGCAUUGCACGAGCGUCCCUAAGCCGAGGGGACCAGCUUGGCCUGAGCAAGGCCUUAGCCCUAGGUUGGGUGCUGUUGGACAAGGAGCAUGGCAUGGUGCGGCUGUCCUGUCCUGAGCCACCACCGGAUUUGGUGCAGACCAAUCUGUGCCAGGUGCGCAGUGGCCAGGCCCACCUGUUGGAUGAUGCUCAGCGGCAAGAGCUGAAGCGGCGGAAGUUGCUGCGACAGGUGGUGGUCAAGAGCUACCUGCUGCAGCGGGGUGAGCACUUUGCCACGCAACUGAGCAAGCCUGAGACGGACCUGACAGCUGAGAUGCUGGCCAGUGGUCAGUGGCGGCAGCGACCUUUCAAGGCGUACAACUUUGCUGCCCUGGGGCAGCCAACGGAGGGUGGGCACCUGCAUCCCCUCCUCCAGGUGCGCUCAGAGGUGCGGCAGGUCUUCCUGGAAAUGGGCUUCACGGAGAUGUCAACAGCCCGCUAUGUGGAGAAUGCCUUCUGGAAUUUUGAUGCCCUCUUCCAGCCACAGCAGCACCCAGCAAGAGAUGCCCACGACACCUUCUUCCUCAAGGAACCCAGUGAGUGCCAUCGGCUGCCAGAGCCAUCGUACGUGGAGGCUGUCAAGCGGGUGCACUCGGUGGGUGGCCAUGGGUCACAGGGCUACAAGAGCCCAUGGCUGGAAAGCGAAGCGUGCAAGAAUCUUCUGCGCACCCACACCACAGCGGUGAGCGCACGAAUGCUGUAUGCGCUGGCUCAGCGGCUACCCUUCGUGCCCUGCAAGCUGUUCAGCAUCGACAGGGUGUUCCGCAAUGAGACGCUGGACGCCACACACCUGGCCGAGUUCUGCCAAGUCGAGGGCCUGGUGGCCGACCGAGGCUUGACCUUGGGCCACCUGCAGGCACUCAUUGGUGGCUUCUUUGCCCAGCUCGGUAUGGAGCGGGUGCGUUUCAAGCCAGCCUACAACCCGUACACGGAGCCCUCCAUGGAGAUUUUUGCCUUUCACCCGGGCCUCGAUCGCUGGGUCGAGGUGGGCAACUCGGGUCUCUUCCGGCCAGAGAUGCUGCAACCCAUGGGGCUGCCACCUGACGUUCGUUGCAUUGCCUGGGGGCUUUCCCUCGAGAGGCCAACCAUGAUCAAGUGUGGACUGAACAACAUCCGGGACCUGGUAGGGCCCCGUGUUGACCUGGAAAUGGUGUACAGCAGCCCACUGUGCAGAUUUGUACACUGAGCACUAUGAGUGUAAAGACGAGCGAACCAUUUCCAGACAGUGGAACUUUGCUUUGCAAUGCUAUGUGAAGAGUUGACAUUUUAUUUAGCACCAACGAGUCAUGGUUUUGAUGGAAUUGCAUAAAACAGGUUGAUAUUUUC